UUUAUCUUUCUAACAGUAACAGUAACAGUAUGAUUCUCCUUUCCCUUUUUCUCUUUUACUCAUCAUCAUCAGGAACUCCUCAAUAAAUACUUCCAGCCUCAUCCACUGCCCCCUCUUCUACGUUCACUAAACACACCCCCCCUUCUUCCAACCCUCUUUCUCCUCAUUGGACCUCUCUUAAAUUGUAAGUCCGCGAUGUCGAAAAGAGCAAGUAAGCGAGUGAGUUUCAGUCCUGAUGUCAACGAUAAGCCAACAAUGCUUCUAAAACACGGUGGUUGUAGCAGAGCUUCCGGGCACAGGAGGAGGGUUGCUGUAAUUUGGAGUUUCAGGCUUCCCAGAAGUUCAAGUUUCUCGCCGGCGAGGUUUCUGAGGCGGCUUGGGGACAGGGUGGUUAGAGCUUUGCGUUUCAUGUCCAUGAGAAGGAGGUCUUCACGUAGAGUUUCUUCGUCGAGUUUGACAAGGUCAAGAUCACUGGUAGAUCCAAUUGACUCUCACCGAGCUGAAGCCAUAGAGGACUGCAUCGAGUUUUUAAAUUCUUCCGCCUGUUUUCAGCGGUCCAAUUCAGUUUCUGGGAGUUCUUGCUAGCAAUUUGGGCCAGUCAUGGAAGAGAUGUAAAUGGGAGCAACAAGGAAUUUAUGAUUCAUUCAUCAUAAGGAGUUUAAUAAUUUCUUAAAGAUCAUUCACAGCGCAA